AAGUUGUGGAGCGUCUGAUAAUAAUAUUCAGAAAUGUUCACGCAAUGGCCAAACACUACCGGCCAUUUACCGACUUGGUUUGGAUGGCAUCACUUGACGAAGCUAAAGGGCUAGAUGUCGGCUCGACUUACAGGAACGACAAAUCUGCGCAAGUUUUCACUAGCUUCAUUGCAGAAGUGAGUUUAUUUAUCAAUAUUUAAUUAUUCAUGUGAUUGUCCUUUUAACUUUAAUUAAAAAAAUUUUUUAAAUGAUAACUGGCACAUAAUCAGGGCACAUAAUUUAUGAAUGAUCGAAAUAAAUUUAUAUCAAUAAUCAUGCGUUAGCCUUAAGUUAGGCCUAUAAGUCGGGGAGUUAUUAAGCAUGAGAGACGGAGGAAGGGUUGGAGUGGGGAAAGAAAGAGAGAGAGAGAGAGCCCAGAGGGAGAAAGGAAAGUAGGAACGAUGAAGCAGAGUAAAGGCGAGAAAGGUCAGAGAGAGAGAGAGACACGUGAAAAUAAAGAGGAAUUAAAAAAGGGAGAGAGCAGAGUGAAGAAGAUGAGGAGGAAGAAACAGUGCGUCGGAAAAUAGAAAGGAAGGAGGGGAAUGACCCGAGCUGUGAGAAAGAAGCAAGGGUGGAGAAAUCAAAACAUUUAUUUAAUUACUUAUUAUUUACAGUAGUAUAUUAAGUAUUGCACAUCCAAGAAGUUAAAGAUUAAUUGACAGGCGUACCAAGUUAUGUUUUUCUUUUAUUUAAUAACAUUGUACUUUGUUACAUUAUUUUGAAGCUUUGGUUAUUGAAAUGACCUGAGUAAUUUUAUGUUUCAGAAUCACACUUCCGAUUAUUACCAACAUUACAUAACUUGAUGUUUUCUUCUUUAAAUUGGCAAUACUAGUAUUUCUAUUAAAGACCCAUGUAGUUGUCAAAUUAUGUUUGAUUGAUUACAACUCCGAAAUUUCAUCAGAUUUUUUAAAGACCCACCUGCGUGGAUUGGUUCUGUUUCUAUCAUUUUUGUCCCUCUAUUAUUAAAGCCAUAAAAUCCCAGACUAGACUUCCUCUUUAACUAAAUUUGUGACUGUGUGUAUGAACCAUAAGGUUUUGUUUUUUUGUUUUUCAGGUUGAGCGAAGGGAGAUGUUGAAGCGUGUUCAACGCUCCAAGUUCAUUUCAAUUAUCAGUGAUGGAACUACUGAUGCGUCAGUGACUGAGGAUGAAAUCGUCUUCCUUCGGCAUGCGUGUAAUGGCUCAGUUUACACUGAGUUUGUGGCAGUUGUGGGAGUAGUCACUGCUGAUGCCAAAUCCAUCACCGAUGCCAUUCUUCAUUCACUUGCUGAGAGACUCGAACUGGAUACUGCUUCUAUUAGCCGAAAACUGGUAGGUUUCGGAUCGGAUGGGGCAGCAGUGAUGUUGGGGAAAAGAGGAGGAGUGGUUUCUCAUCUGAGAGAACUCAGUCCAGCCCUUCAAGCGGUACACUGUACUGCCCAUAGGCUCGAACUGGCGUUCAAAGAUGCAGUCAAGAACGUUGCUCUCUGCAAGACUGUCAACUUGCUUCUUCUCAACUUGUAUUUGUUCUACAAGAACAGCUCGAAGAACAGAAGCUCUCUCAAACAGGCAGCAGAAGCUGAGGGAGAUCCAAAGCUAUUCCCAACAAGGGUUGGAGGGACACGUUGGUUACCUCACCUGCAACGGGCUUUGGGGAAUUUCCUCAGGGGAUACCGUGCCAUCACAACUCAACUGCAACAGCUUCAAGCACAACCAGGAGUAUCAGUAGAUGCCAGAGCGAAGAGCAAAGGGUUCUUGAAGCAGAUGAAACGGAAAGACGUAGUUCUUUUUGCUCACUUCAUGCUCGAUGUUGUGACAGUCCUCUCCAAAGUGUCACUGACAGCACAGCGGUCAGAGUCCACUGUUCCUGAAGUGGCUAGAUCCAUAGACAUGGCAUUAACGACCCUCAAGAAAUACAGGAGCAAGUAAGCAUCAAAUUUAAUGUUAUUGUAUAUCAUGAUAAUUAACUACUAGUUCAGGCCUGUACUAGUUGGAUAAAUUCUUUUAUUAAAAUAUUUAUUUCAU